GUCGGCGUCGGUGCACUUGCUCCGGUCCACGAGGCGCCUGUGUGCUCCGAACCGCUGGGGUGGAGGUUUGGCUCUCGUUUGAUGCAUUAGCGUCAAAGCCUCAGAAAGAGCUUUUUGAAAAUAAAACCUCUUGGGGAGGGCGGAGGUCGAAGCAUUAUCCCCGUGGGCUUCCACCACCCAAGGAGCAGUGGCUUCUUCCACUGACGCGCAGCGCCCCGCGGACCACGCUGUCGGUCCUAGACCCCCACAGCUCGCAGGCGGCUAGGCCCGGACACCGGAAGCAGUGGCUGCAGGCUUUGUGAAGACUGACGCCAUCACUCAAAGCUCCUCGCGAAGGGGACGGCGCGCAGGGCCCCGGAGGGCGGGGACGUGCGCGCAGCUCCGCCCCUCGUUUGGCGAAGCUGCCAGACCUGACCCUUGCCGCGACCCGUAGUGCGGCGGAGCCUGCGCGGAGGGUGGGCACGGCCGUUGAGUCGCUAUGGAGCCAGAAGGGGCCUACGAGCCGGGCUUCGUGGGGAUCCGGUUCUGCCAGGAGUGUAACAACAUGCUGUACCCCAAGGAAGACAAGGAGAACCGCAUUCUGCUGUACGCCUGCCGUAACUGCGACUACCAGCAGGAGGCCGACAACAGCUGCAUCUACGUCAACAAGAUCACGCACGAGGUGGACGAGCUGACCCAGAUCAUCGCCGACGUGUCCCAGGACCCCACGCUGCCGCGGACCGAGGACCACCCGUGCCUGAAGUGCGGCCACAAGGAGGCCGUGUUCUUCCAGUCCCACAGCGCCCGGGCCGAGGACGCCAUGCGCCUGUACUACGUGUGCACCGCCCCACACUGCGGCCACCGCUGGACAGAGUGACCCCCGCCCUCCCCCGCGCGUAAUAAGCCCCAGCUCCUGUGAAAAAAAUAAUAAAAUCUCGUGAUAAACGCU